AUGAUAAGGAAAGAGUCCAAUAUAUACGAGAAGCUGGACCGGAUAGUGUCCGAUGUGUUGCGAAACAUAGAUGCAGAGGCACAUGACCGGGGGAGUACAAAUUAUCUGGAUGAAAAAAACACAAACGAACGGGUGUAUAAAAAAUUCUUCGAACUCUUUAACAGAGAGAGUUACUUAGAAAAACUAACACAUGACGAAUUAGUGGCAACAUAUAAAGACAAAAAUGCACACAAAUAUCUAUUUUACAUGUUCGAGUGUUUGCUUAAUAAAAUCACCCAAACGAGGAAUGUAAGACACCUAGAUUUUUUAUUUCUCAUACUGAGAUACAUUACGUAUCUGUGGCUUUUGCUAUCCAACGAUGACAAAUUAGUUUUAAUAUUCUACUACUAUUUCAAGUUUGUGGAUUUGCUGUUUAAUUUAAAAUUUGUGAGAUGUUCCUUUUUUGUGAAUAUUUACAAUUUGUUGAUUUAUUUUUAUAUGAAAGAUAAAAGGAGAAAAAAAAAAAAAAUUGUCUUUCCAGUAAAAAAAUUAACGGAAAAGGAAGCAGGCUUCCACAUAAGAAAUGUCAUAUCCGAAUUGAACAAAAUAAUUGCAAAUGAGAAUGCUCAUUUUAUUGAGACUGUUGGGAAGGAAAACAAUUUUGUGAGUCUCCAAAGUGAUCUUCUGUCAUAUGGAAAGGAACAAAGGAACGAUUUGCCACCAAAUGCGGAAGAAGAUGCAUCUACAUGCGCAGGGAUGCAAAAUGUGUAUGAUUACCUAUGGGUUGGCUAUAAUCGAGGGGAAAUCCAGCCUAAGGAAAAGAAACAUAAAAAUAAACAUACAGAAAAGGUGAAAUCAGAUGGUGCUGAGGAAGAAAAGUCAUUUUUCCUCAUAACAAAAUGUCGAAAUUGGAAUAAUGAGAGUUCUACCUUUCCAAUUUUCAGCCUUUUCCCAGUUAGUAGCUCAUAUAAUCUCUUUUUAAACAUUACGAAGCAUUUGUUCAAAAUUAGUGUCUACGAUUUUGGUACCUUUUUCCCCUUCCUAAGUAUGCUUAACAUGGAAUUUCUACUUUCCCAUUUUCACCUUUUUGAAAUUCUGCACUAUGUCCAACUGGAGGAGGUGAACUCGAACAUAAGUGACUCCAAAAACAAAACAAAAAUUGUGUCAAUUAGUUCGAGCCAACCUACGCCUUACAAAGCGAAUGAGCAAUUCACCACAGAAGGGAAGAAAUCCCCCGCAAACAACGAUGGGAUUUUUUCAAAUAAUAAUAAAAGUAACAAGAAAAUUUUGUGGAAUAUCCUUUUUGAAGAGCUAAAAAAGGUAUACAUGGUAGACACGAAAAAUGUGAAUUAUACAUUAAAAAUAUUAAAGUACUCUUUUAGCUUUUUUCUGUUUGAGGAAAAAUUUGCAAUAAAAAGUAAAGAAUGGGGAACUCGCGUGACAAAUAAAAAACAACACACCUUCGCACUCAUUUCGCAAAUAUAUUUAAAAGAGUUACUAAAAUUUAGCCUAUCCUUUGUGAAUAAUUUAAUGAGCUCUAGAACGCUAAAUGAGGAAGUCGUCUUUAAGGCAAUUUCGUACGUGUUUUAUUUGCUUUCGAAAUUGAUAUGCAACACGAGUAAUAACUUAAGAAAGCACAUUCUGCUCAAUAACGAUAAUAAUCUCACACUCGUUGCAUUAAUAACGUAUAUUUAUAAAUACUUCAAAAGGGUUUACUUGGACAAGAACGCAGCUGGAGAUGUUCACAAGGGGAGCGGUAGCACGGUUGGAAGUGGUGGAGGUCAAAAUAAAUUGAAGUACACAUUCGUGACGCUCCAGAAAGUGUACCAGAAAAUUCAAGAGUGCUUGUACAUCGUCCUAACCGUUGACAAAUUUGUUGAAGGGAAUGCCAAAAAAAAGUUAGCGCAAUGUAGUGAUGGAGCGAUGCCCCAUUUGGACGGGCAUCACGGCCCGAGACAGCAUGCAGAUAGCUGCGACCUGUACUUUUGUAUCACUAUCAAGAUCAACAAAAUGAACAUGUUCUAUUCCAAUUUGGACAUUAUCAAAAUGCUUUCAGAGAAGGACAAGAGCGUGUUCAGGAAAUAUAUAUACACUAUUAACAAGAACAAUGAAAAUUUUGGCUCUUUUUUUUCGUGUUUACUAAAUAUUGAUUAUAGCGAAAAUCAGUAUGACUUGGUUUUAAAAAGGUACAUCUCCAAUUUGAAGGAGAAAAAAAAUUAUAAAAAUAAAAAGUUAAUCAAGCUAAUGAAGCCUUACCAUUCCCCCCUCAAGUACAUCAUUUUGAAAAAUGAAAUUGACCAAGAUGGGGCAAAAAAGAGUUCCGUAAGGAAAAGCACUCUGGCAGUGAAUUCCUCUCAUAGGAAUUACGAUAUUCAUACUUUGGGUGGUGAUAAGCGGAAGGUUAUUGACUUUCGAGCCAAAAGGAAGAGCAUGUACGAGUUUGGCAGAGGUCAAAAGGAGAGUCAUGAUUCCAGCCCCCUCCAAGGUGACGACGGGAUAGAUGGAGACUCAGCAGAUGGUCACAGAGUAGAUGGCAUCGCAACCGAUGAAACUUCAUGCGAUGAUGACCAAACUGAUGAUGACCCAACCGAUAGUAGCCCCACCGAUGAAGACUCAGACGAUGGCGAAGAGAGCGAACCGAGUGACAACCCCGUAAGCUUCCCACGCAGUUGCCCUAAGGACUACUUUUCCGACGGACUGAAGCGCGCGAAAGCUUCCAGCCCCCAAGCAAAGGUGAAAAAAAAAGACAUGCCGAUAUUUGAAAAUUCGAUCCUUCGAAUCAAGAAGAAGCAGCUGGACAGAACCAACAUAGAUUUUAAAAACGUGUGCCAUAGUAUCACUCUGACCAUUAAAAGGUGCAUACUCAUCUCAGACAGUAUGAUUACCUACUUCAAAACUCACCAAGAGUUUGAAGCUAACUUUAACAUUUACGUGUGCAAAAAUAUAUUUAUUAAUUUUUUAAGAGUUUGCCUCCUAAGCGCCAGUCUCUUUUCGUACCUCUGCGUUAAGCUUAACUAUGACGAGAUGCUGAAGCAGAUGUAUGACUCGAAUUUUAUCAUAAUGUCGUACAAUAUUUUUGACAAAUAUAUCUGUUUCGUGUUGGACCAAGACGUCAAACGGUUGCACAAGUAUAAGAAUGUGUUGCAGGUGUAUACCAGGCGGAUGAAUAGGGGGGAGGCAGGAGCUGGGCGUUCCGCUGGGGCCACCUCCUCGGUGAAUCCGCCGAGCGCGGCGAAGGAGCAGAAAGAAGCCUUUUGCACGGUUACAGCAUCUACGAACGCUUAUUCCUCGUCUCACGCGCAGCUGCACCGGGAUGAUUUAUACGACGUUCUGGGCGCCAGGGAGAGCCAACGCGGGAGAACCUUCUUACUGUCGGACCAAGAUGAAUUCAUCGAGACGCUUUAUCUCAACACGUUCAUGAUUGUGAUAAACAUCAUCUCGGUGUGGGAAAUGUACCUAGAAAUUCCUAUAGAAGUUCUAAACAAAAUGAAGUACACCUUUUUCGAGCUAUUUUACAACACCACAAUUAAAAUCAUAAAAUUUAUAAAAAAGGAUAAGGGGUUUUUCUUCCUAUUGAACAUUUUAAAGUUCAUUUAUUUCAAAUUUCUCAGCCUUCCUUUUAAUCCAAUAAACAUACACACCACAAUAAAGCUGCACGACUUUUACGAGUUUCUCAUUAAUGCUGGUGACGAAGAUGUGAAGAAAGAGGAGGAGCAAAAAUUUAAUAGUGAAAAUAUGUACCUAAAUUCGAUUAGCCCUGUGAAAUUUUUGAAUAAUCCAGAGAAUGACACACAGAGGAAGAACCUUACCAGUGUACAAAAAUUAAGCGUAAGCUGUGAUGACCGUGUACUGUCAAACGAGCAUGAUUACAAUGUGCUUAGUGUAAAUAAAAAGAAGAGGGUAAGCAUGGGCGGUUUAGUUCCCGUGUUUUUAAAUAACAACACCACCAAGAAGAGAAGGACGAACAUUUACCCGUACACUUCAUAUGACAGCUUUGAAAAUUACAAUAACCGUUCCUACUGCACGGUGAGGAACGGCGCCACUACGGGUCACGCACACAUGGGUGAUAAAACAAGCGCGAGGGUAAACUACGAUCUGCGCGAAGGAGAAUACGAAAGUGAAAAUGUUAAUCUUAAUGACAAUGUUAAUGACAAUGGCAAUGACUAUGUCAAUGCGACACCGAAACGUAAUUAUAACUAUGCACAACCAGGCGAACGAAAAGAAAGCGACAUUUUCAGAAAUACCUACCUGAGCAACUACUACAUCCCACACAUUGAUCUCCUAUUCAUCAUUGUCGAUUUGGAAGUCUUUUACUACUUCGAAAAGAAGGAGUAUAAGAAAAUAAUCGUUUCCGUGGAGAACGUCUUCAAAAGCAUUAUCAGCAAAUGUGAUUACAACACCAAGGAGUAUUUACGAUCGUCCAUUUCCUACAUUUACAACUGCUACCAACAAGUGCAUCUCCAUGACAGCAAAAUUAACAUCCAAAGUUGCAUCGUUAUUAGGCACAUAUUUAACCUUUACAUGAAAUCUAAGGUCUUCUAUUUGAGCAAAAAAAUUAAAAAAAAAUUAGGACACUACAAGGAUAGCUACACCAAUGAUGGGGUGCUAAAAAUGGGUUAUAACAAAAUUUAUAAUAGCCUUUUUAGCAGCGAAAAGUGGAAGAACUUUUUUUACAUCCUCUACGAAAGUGACAACCUAGGACGAAACAAAAGAGUGAAAAUUAUCAACAAUCUGCUGACUGUACAUAUAAACACUCUGCUUUUCUUGAUAUUUUAUGAAUACCUAUCCAAGUAUGUAACUAAAAAGUUCAUAUUUUUCUUCCGAUUCUUCCUAUUUCUGUUUAACAAAUUAUGUGUUGCCAUUCUAAGUUUGGUGAAUUCGUCAAACCAUCUGGAAAUUUUUAACCUUUUCGAUUGGCGAAAUAUUACCCAAGGAAACCACGCACAAGAAGAGGAAGAACUGGCUAACAAGGUAAGGAGUGCCAUUCGUCUCAUUCAAACCGGCUCCAUAUACCCAAAGGAUGAGGAAAUAUCUCCCUACAAAAUUUACACCAGGGGGGGAAGACACACCGACGGCAGAAGUAAGCCAAUUGUCAUGAUCGACAUUGAUGAGCUGCUAGUCACCUACAUCCAGCUAAAUUUUACGUUUUGCAGAUCGUGCUGCUUUUUCAUUUUCUUCAAAAAUGUCUGCUCGCAAAAGUAUGAAAUAAUUUUUAGGGAGAAUUUCACUAGUAACUAUUUUGAGCGCUUUAAGAAUAACCGAGAUUUGUUCGACCCCAUGGAUGCUGUAAAGGAGGGGAAGACGGGACGAAAUGACCAUUCGUGUGGGGAAAGCCACACCGAAGAAGAGUUAACCCCCUAUGAGGAAUCAACUCUAAAUGACUCCUUUGACGAAGACUCGGAUGACAACUACAGAAGCGAUUCCAGCAGCUCAGGUCUUUCCCAGUCCAGCUUCACCCUCAUAGAGUAUACAAACUAUUGCAACAGCGUAGAUUAUAUUUUCCUAGAAUUUAUUUUAGAAAAAAUAGAAGAAAUGGACGUAGAAUAUUACUACAGGAAUGUACUUAAGAAUUGUUACUACGUGAUAAAAAUAGAAACACUUUAUAAUUACAUAUACAAGAAUGAGCAACUGUUAAGCAGAUUUGCUUGCCUAAAUAAUGUGUAUUAUUUGUACAAGCUGUACUAUCACAUGUUUGUGUGGUCCCGCAAUAAGAGCCAUGCCAUGGGUAAGAAGAACAUCGAUGCGGAAGGAAUCAACGGGAAGGAAAAUUUAUCCAGCCUGUACAAUGACAUCUUUUACAUCUUCGACGUGAACCGCAUCUUAGGGGAAACCUUCUGCAGCAGGUAUGUGCAUCUAGUUGACCAGCUGGGGGCCUCCGAUUUCACCCCUAGUGGAACACCUGAUAAAAAUGGCAGAAAUUCCUCCUACGGAUGCACAAAUGAUUCUCUCUCAACUCACCGGAGAAGUAUCGAAGAAUCGCCCUACUUCCUGUGUGACAUUUACAACUUCAAAUUGAAAUUGUUCCACCCUAUAAAUUUUGAAAAAAGAGACUUGCCCAAAGGAAGGAGAAAAAACCCAUUCGAUAACUUUCCAAUGGUUAACAAAAAUUAUCUCCUUAACUUGAAGCAGAAGCAUGCCAAAGGAGUUGGCAAAGAUAAGGGCACCCCUCCAUACGUCCCACCCUUCAAUAUCUUUCCAGAAUGCGACUUGAAGAACAACAUACUUCUCAUCUUCGACGUUUUAAAUAACAUAUAUGAUGUAUACCAUGGGAACAUAUUUCAAAAUCCCAAUUGGGAAGGCUCCAUUGUAACACAAAUUGACACAAAGCUUAUCGCCUAUCUCAGCGAAAUGUACAAAAUUGCUCAUCUGUACAAAAUGUAUCAUUGCUGCAUGCGGAUUUUGCUACUCUGUCUCAUUUUUACUUCCAGGUUUUGGCUAAUUUAUGUAUUUAACGAGAAGCAUACAUGUAGGCGGCAGGGAGGUAGUUAUCAUCCCUCUGGGGGGCAUAGCGAAUAUGAUCAACCUGAGAAUAGGGGAAAACGAAAGGUUGGGCGUAAACAAAACGAGAGGAGCGUAGACAAGGAUACAGUCGUUCCAAGUCGUACAAACCUCGGACGUGGGCCGGGCAGGAGGGGAAAACCCAAAGACGGUGCUUAUGACUCAAAUGAAGAAAUGAGAGGAAGCUCCAAACGAAGGACAGCAUAUAUACUAACCGGAAUUUAUAACAAAAUAGUGUCUCAAAGGAACGAAGAUAAGACGAAAGAGACAUAUAAUGAUUUGCACAACUAUAUGCAGAUGCUAAUAGUUUGUACUUCGAUUUUUUAUCUCUCAUUUUUAUGUAUAGAAAAGAUACAGACAAAUUUGCAAAAUGCUUUUUUUCUUAACUGCGCUAAUAGCUUGUAUAAUUUCUACGUCGAUUUUUAUGAGCACAUUGAGAAAUUUUGCAAGGAGCACCACGCGGAUAAGCACUACCAGGAUGAGCUAUACGCGUCCUCCUUCUUCUUCGAUACUUUCCACUUAGACCUAAUAAACCUGAAACUCCAGGCUCACGUAAAAGCAGGAAGGUACAAGACCGAAGUGAGAAAAAUGAAGAAAGCGUUAGGCGAAUCGACCGCAAGGGUGGGCACAGAGCCCCAAGGUGGGGUCACUACUAUGCCACGCAGCGAGCAUAGCGGAGAAAGCAGCAACAACAGCCGAAGCAGCAGAAGGUACAGACGCCGCUGGGAUAACGCGCAGGUAGACCUAUUCUCCAAAUUUCCAUAUCUGCUUUACUAUAACGAACGCGCGGCCACGGAAUGCAUAUCCAACUUAAGGAGGACGGAGAAGAAACACCAAAGCGAUGGUAAAAACUUUUUCAAAAAUAACAUCUGCCUAUAUUUUAAUAUGAUAAGAUAUUUGUACAAAAAGAGGAGCAAGUACAUCGGUUUGCUGCCUUUUGUCAAUUCUUACAUUAUCUCGAUAAUAACGCUCAUGAAAUUUACGAUGGCCAAGUAUUUUUCCAAUUUUAAUGUAUCUUCCGAUUUCUUUUCUCUAAAAUUUGAACAUCCAAUACACCAGUUCGACAUGGACAUGCUCACAAAAGCAAAAAAGACGGAAGACGAAAAGGAAAAUGUCAAGUUAACUAACAAGACUAUUUUGAUGAACCUGGAAAAUCUCUUCUGUAAUAUGUUCUUGAAUAAGGACGUGUGUUACCAAAUAAAAUUCGUUUAUACCUACUACAAAAAAAUUUCCAGCAUUAUGUUCAAAAUGAAUAAUUUUUUACUCAGUUACUAUUAUUUGAAGAAAAACAUACUGUUCAUAUGCGAUUUGGUUUACUUCCCUGAAGUCGUUCAUAACUAUUUGCUCCUGAUGAAUAUCAUUUUAAAAAGUGGAAAACAGAGAAUCGAGUUGCUAACCCAAGAGGAGAUCUUCUUCGAAAAUUUAAACAACCAAUUGAGUAUUUACGAUAAAAAAAAUUUGGACCAAGACACAGACACGAAUUAUGCAAAGGAUAAAACAGUCAAAGAUGUGAAAGAUUUUAAAAUUUAUGAAGACAACGAUUUUUGCAAUAUCGAUUAUGUAAAAACGCCGCUUAAUACUUACUUAACUAAGAGGCAUAUUUAUGAGUACAGAAAUUUGUUGACUCAGUUUUUGGCCUACUUAACCUUUUUGAUAAAAAAUCCUGACCAUUUUCGUAUAUUGUCGACGAAGCGUACAAAGGAGAUACUCCACAUGUUGUGCCUAAUCCUUUUUACGAAGAAGAAAACGAACUACUUUUCCUGCAGCAAGGCCCGUCCGAAAAAAUCAAAGGAGGUGACUACCUCUCCAGAGGGGGGUACUAACGGCAAAGACAGCUAUUGCAACCAUGGCAAUGUGCAACUAUCAGGGGAAGAUUCCACAAAUCAGACGAACAAAGAAAGGAGCCAUCACGAAAUGGUCACACCCAAGAAUGAUACGAAACAGAAUGAAGGAAACCACAAAAUAAAAACUUUUGAAAAAAACUUUUUAACAUGCUUCAACAACUGUAACGAAAAAAAAGAAGAAACGUUUUUUAUCUUCUUCCUCGAAAAAUUAUUUAUCGUAAGUAACUUCGACACAGACCUAUUCGACGUCGAGCUAAACGAUGAAGAGCAAGUUGAGUCUCUCAUAAAAUCUCAAGUGUUACGUGAUGUAAGGAAUCUUAAUUUUGUCUAUCCAGGAGGUGCCGACUUGGACGAGAGUUUCCUAAACCUGGGGAGUGAAAUUUCGAGUGAGCAAGAAAGGGCAUCCAAAAACACCAAAGGGGACACAAAUGAGGGCAACUGCAUAGAGGAAACAAUUCAUCAUUGGUGCCACCUAAACGCUGCUUCCCACCACUCAUUCAAGAUUAACGACAUUUCAGUUUUGAAUUACCUAUAUUUAAAUUACAACUUUGAGCGAAAUUUAACCUACACGGAAAAUUACAUUAUUAACAGGUUUUUCACACUUAAUUGCAAAAAAAUGAAUGCUUAUUUUGUGAAAAUAUUGCUAUACUACAUCAACUUGAUAUUUUUAAAAAUAAAGAAUAUUUUCUGCGAUGACUGCAUUUACACCAUCAAAAAGCAGCAGUUCCUUAACUCCUCAGCGAAUGAUUGCUCUAGGAACAUUUUUUUUUCCUUGUUUCUAAAACUUUUUCGUUUUUUCAAUUUUUCCAAGCGAACUUUGAGUGAGUUUUGCGUCAAUUAUUUCCCCGGAAAUAAAAAUUAUGCCGCAUACCUAGACCAACUAUCUGAGAGAAAGAGAAAUGGAGACCUCUCAACAGCGCAGGUCUACGGAAAUGAUGGAAGUUACGUCACCGAAGACACACACACAUAUAAUGUGGAGGACAAACAAAACAGCUUUGAUGAUAAUCCAGCAAAUGAACUAGACAAAAUGUUGAUGGUUAAUUUUUUUGAAAUUUUUUUAUACCCACAGAAAAAUUGCAGCUUUUUGGAGGUCCUAACUGUGUGCUAUGAAUUCUUGACAAACAUGAAAGACGAUAAAUGGAAAAAACUGAGGAAAAGAAAUAAAUACAAAAUGUACGCACUCUUAAAUACGGCGGUUACCGAAAGGGGGGAUCGAAAUAAUCCAUCUGUUUUUCAUUUCCAAACUGUCUUUGUGCUCCUAUCCUUGCUGCUGCACUACACGUGCAAAAGCUCGCUGGUGCAUGAAAUGAGAAAAGUCGCCCAGUUCUUCCUAGAUUUUGUGUUUUUUUUUAUAGAGAACAUAAAGAACAAUUUGAUUAUACUGCAGAUAAUUGAGACCUACGGAGGGGGGCACAUAGAUGGACGCACAGAUAGGCAUCCAACUGCGAGGCAGACCCAAGUCAACCUACUAAAAUUCUAUUUCCGAAAACUGCUGUCCUUGCUAUACCUCUACACAGACGAGCUGAUAUUGUACACCAUCAAAAAUAAUAUGGACCAGGAAAUCAGCCAAAAAAAUUACUACAGGAAGCAUGCCCACGAAAAUUUAAAUAUAAAAACGAUUAUUAAUUACGAAUACAUAGGUCAACCGAACUUGAGCGAAUUUUGCUUCUACUGGGAUUACGCAAUAGUGUCGAUGAGCCACGACAAGAGUGACCUGUACAUUUCUCGCUGCUUUAAAAACUUCUUGUUUGUGCUAAUUCGAAUCAUUAAGGAGAAGGCAAUAGGCGAGGAAAUAGCCGAGGAGGCACAUAAUGUGGGUCGAUUCAGUAGGGAAAAUAGGGCUGCCACCAAGGAGAGGGGAAAUUCUCGAGACACUACUAAAAAAGGGAAAAAUUCCCAUAUUGAGGGAGAUACAGAAUGUUUCAAUCUUUACGGAAAAAUAAAUAACCUUUUUAGCGUACUAAAUGAUGAAGCUUUAUGCGAGCGAUUACUCAUUCAGGGGGGAAAUUUCCCCUUAAGCGAUAACACAAUAAUGGGACAGGUAAAUGAAAAUAUAAACGAUUGCACAGAUGAUGCACACGAAGUGUACGCCGUGAAGAAAGGCAAUUUGGGGAACAAUUCGGAUGAAUACAAUGGAGCAUCUCCCAGAACUCCCAUCCUAUGUAGUACCAUCGAAUGGGCAAGUAAACACUCCCGGGAUGACGCCAUUAUCCGUGAAAGUGGCACGCGUGGCAAAGAUGAGAAUAGCAAUGUAGCAAUCCACGCGGGGAAAUAUUUUGAGAAUGAUAAAAUGGGACAUGAGCAGUUAUACAAGCAUCACACGGUAAAUAUUUUUUUCACAUCCAUGGAAAGAAGAGGAAUGGAGAUAAGUGACGAGCUUGGCGAAUCGAAUAAGACAAGGAAAGGUAAGAGUACCGAUUCCUCUGCAUCACUCUUGCCGAAGGAGAAACACCAGCUGGCAAAGGCUAUCCAACUUGUUCGGUUCCUUUCGCGCUUGUACAAAGAGGCCGAUAGCUGCAUUGAGAGCAAAACCGGUGAAUAUUUCCACGUAGAAAAAAUACAUCUAAAUAUCGAAAGGUUCCCAGUUAGGGAGAAAUGGAAUUACAUAAAGAAAUUAGAAAAAAUACUAAAGCAAUAUCAACAUAUGAUAAAAAUAAUGUGCGAAAUUUUACACGAAUCAAAGAACGUGGAUAGGAAUAGAAGCAAUUUAAAGAUGUUCAUAGAUCUGUGGUGGAACAACAGAUAUAGGUUAGAGCAGCAUUUAAAGAUACUGAACUUAGACAUCUCUAACACCCUCGGGUUUUCCAUCCACAAAUUGAUGUCCAUUCCGUUGAUUUCUUUAAAUAUAAGAACCAAAAUAGUGCUAAACAAGAGUCUCAAUAAGAAGGAUGACGACCAAAUGGAGUUUUCCAUCCGCAAGGAAAAAGACAACACAGAGGUGAGCAGCGCAUAUAACACCCUGUCAAUUGUUAAUAACCAGAAAUCUUAUUUGAGUACCAAUUUUGAUCUAUUCGUAGUGCUAUACUACUAUUCGAACAUGCUCAACAUCAUAGCGUGGAUUAAUAAGUGGGGGAGGUACUUUGUUCCUCCCAGAUACUGGGACGGUUCCCAUUUUGUCAACGUCCUCCUAAACUUGACUGUUUUUUCCAUCGUGAUGAAGAACUGCAAUGUACAAAUUACGCAGACGAAGAGGAAAUACUUACAGUGGGGAGACAUUUCGGGUAUCAACUCGCGUCGAAUGAAUAGAGAUGAGAGCACCUUCAUCGGUAGCGUAAUCCGUCGAGACACUACGGAUGGGGUAGACUCCUUCCCAUCCCGUAAUAUAAUCAAGCGAAGCCCUGAGAAUAGGGAAGCUUCCAAAAGUUUGAUCCCCAUUGAUAAAAAAGUCGUGACAUCCUAUUUGCCUUUCAUUAAUAAGGAUAUCGAAACGAUUCUACUUUUGGAAGAAAGGAAAAAAAAAAACAAAAGGAGAAACACCACAGUAGGUCAACCAUAUUCCCUUAAUGUAAACCCCCCAAAUGAAGGAAAAAAGCAGACGACCCUUUCGAGUAUCCCUCACUGGAGUGUAAACAUUGAAGGGGGAAAUAAUCACAAUGACGGUUACCAUGCUACAUAUAGGAGCAUGCAGAGGGAGCAACCCGAACAUGUUGAGGCCAUCUCAACUAUGGACAAGAAGUACACAAUUGUUAUACCCAAAAGGGGGAGCGAAUUUGCCUACCCGCACAACACCAACAGUAAGGACACUGCCAGUAGGAGCAAUACCGACAUUGAUGAGAAAAGAGAGAGGAGAAGAACUAUCAAUCUAAUCAGUGAACGGACAAACAAUAGCGUAGAUAGCAAUCGUGUGGAUAGCAAUUGUGUAGACAGCAAUCGUGUGGAUAGCCGUUCGGUUUAUAAAAGCGAAAAACAAAGCAGAGAUCAAAGAAAGGUAAACUCAACAAUAUAUGGAUAUGUGAGCCCCCUAAAAGCAAACAAUUUUGAGUACAUAAAGAAUCAAGACCAAAGUGACAUGCUCACAAAGGAGGGGAAAAAAAAAAGAACUACAGUGGCAGGGAUGUUAAAUUUAGAUCUUCUGAACAAACAAGAUGAUAAAGAAGAAAAAAAUAAAGAGAAUAGUUAUUUAAAAUAUCUGGAUUUACAAAAAAAAUGUGAUAGGGGGGUACUGAAAUGCUCUUUCCUGAAAUUAAGGAUGUACUUGUAUAAUAUACUUAUAGAUAUUUUCGAAAAUAAUCAUAUUCAUCCCAAGAACAUCUUUAACCUUUUUAACAUCAUCACUCAUUCGUUCGUUACUGAUGUGAUCAAAUGCACCAUGGUGGAUGAUGAACUCGAUAGUGAACGAUUAACAUAUGUGAGAAACAUAGAACAUGGGAGAGUGAGGAAAAAUCCUGUCAUUGUCUAUAUACAUAACAAUUUAAAUAGACUUCCCUUUGAAAAUUUGGAGCCUUUAAAAGAUUCCUACAUCGUGCGGGGGGUGCACAAGGCGGUUACUGCGUAUUUGUACGAAAGGAUGUUGGCGAAGAUUAAAGUGGAGGAAGCCAAGCGGAAGGGGCUGUCCGUUUCGAGUACACUUCAGGGGGAGAUGGACGCAGUGGCAGGGGAGGAAGAAGAAGGAGAAAUGGAGCCAGGGCUGGGAGCCCGUCGAAACCGUAGAAACCUCCGAAACGAUGACGAAUCGGACAACUAUGACGACCAAAGUGACGACUUUUGCCUGGACGAGUACAUAAAGCAGGAAUACUCAAAAAAGUGGAAAAUUGAUCAUGUGAAAAAUGUGUACCAAAAGAACAGUACCCAUUGUAUCAGCACCGAUUUGCGUUGUUAUGAUCCCUUCGAAUGGAAAAAAAAAAACGCUGACGCGCCACAAAGCAUCAUAGAUCAUUGUACCACCUCCAAAAUGUGUAAUACAAGAGGGGAAAAUAAACACGUUUUCAAAAAUAAAGGAAGAAGCUCCCUUUCGUAUAUAUUGACGCACCAGAUGGAGGUCUCCAAAAAUUGUGAGAAGAAUAACGAUAAUUACCACCAUGGUCUUAAAACGUGUCAGGUAAAAGCGUUCCUUCGUUAUGAUGACCAGGCCAAGAGAACAUCCCAAGUGGAUCGAUACAACACUUUGACAGCACAAACGACAGAUACGCCAACUCCAUAUGGGCAUGAAACUCUCAGCAAUGCCGGACAGAUUGUUGCCAAUUAUGGCUCAAGGAUAGUACCGGCAAAGGGAAAGGGAAGAUACAGCUUGUUCGUUUCGAGUGAAGAGACAAGAGGUCAUCUCGAAAAGGGAGACAUUACCGGUAAAGCCAAUCCCUUAACAAGCGCUCCGGAUAAAGGCACAAGGCAGGUGCGUAGGAAGGGGCGAGGGAAAAAAAACUCACGCAAGAGUAUCUGCAUUGAGCACUCCUUCCUAAACCCAUUCAAUAAUAAUAAUAGUAAAAAGGGUCAAACUGGCAUGCCAUUUAGCGAGGACCACAUUAAUAGUAGAAAUAGCUGCAGCCAAAAUAGGGGAAGAAAAACCCUAUACAAUAGAUCAACAGAGGAGAAAGACAAAUUGGGAUUAUCACAUUCUGCUAACAGGAGGGGUAGCGUUAAGAAAAUAAACCCUCGUUCGUCAUGCCCGUCCCAGUCUUCCCGCUCAUCCUCUGGGUUGCCUCCUCCUCCAUCCUCCGAAUCAGAAUCCGAAUCCGUUUCGUCAGUGGAACUAAUUCAAAAUGAAGACGAACUGAGAAAAAUAUUCAUGAAUGCUAGGAAAUCGAUGAAUAUACACAAUAUGAUGGGGUCUUACAUAAACGAAGAAUACACCUUUUUUCGUUUAAAAAAAAAAAGAAAAAAAAGUGUAAGUGAAUCAGAAGCCUACUUUGAUGACGGAAAAAUGUUUUCAAGAUCAUGUGCAGAAGACGUUAAAAAGGAUAAUAAAAGGAGAAGCUACUCGGCCGAUCCGGAGCAUCAUUCAAAGGUGACCAAAAUGAAAUACGUAAAGUACGUUCCAUACUACAUUAAAAGUUCCAGGUUAGUAGAUCCCAAAAAGAGUAACAUUUUUUUUGUGAUUAACCCUAAUGGGGAUUUAAAAAGAACGGAAGACGCCACAUACCCUUUCAUUUAUUUUAAAAAUAAAGAAAGGUACAAGUAUAAAAAUUGGAAUGGCUACUUUGGCAAAGUGCCAUGCGAAAAAACUCUGCUGAAACAUUUGUGCUGUGAUGACUUGUAUCUUUAUUGCGGCCACCAGGGGGGAGAACAGUACAUCAAAAAAGACAUAAUUCAAAAUGCCAUUCUGCGUUAUGACGACGGAUUGGACGAAGGCGAAAAAAGGGAAGACACCAAAGAGGGGAAACCCAAAAAAGCGCAAAAUCGAGAUUGCCAAAUCGAAAAACGUAGUGGAAUCAAGGCAGGAAAUAAAGUUGAUCCCAUUUUUACUCAUAAUAAGGACAAAAAGAGAAGAAAUUCCUGCAAUUUUGAGGCAGAAAAACGCUUUGUGGACAAGGGGAUGAAGAGAAAAUCUGUUGGGGAUAUCUUGCACAUCCAUGGCACCAGUGACAGCAGCGAUGCCUUAUGCACACAGACAGAAAUGGAAGAUGACGCCAAUGACGAUGUUGAUGAUCCCCAUUUUUCGGCUAACCAAAAUGAUGGCAUAAACUCGUGCGUUUUUUUAAUUGGAUGCAGUUCCGGGUUGCUAUCCUCACAUGGUUUUGACUUGGACGUAUGGGGCACCCCCUACGACUACAUAGUAGGUGGGUGUGUUUUCGUUUUUGGGAAUCUAUGGAAUGUAACAGACGGAGAAGUUGACGGAUUUACACAAAACUUUUUCUGGAAAUGGACACAGCCAAAUUCUUCAUCCCUAUUUUGCUCCAACUAUAAUUAUAACGAUGUCCAAAUGGCAAAUGUUUCAACAUUUUGCUUUCGCUUCUUCGCACAAAUGUUAAGGGCGGGCUCACAAAUGGAUAUGCGCGAAGAAGGCACAGAAUCGGGCAGCAUCGGCUGGAGGGAUGACGAUAGUGAGCAUAACGGCGGCAGUGACGACCACCUAAUCGAAGUGGGGGACAAUUUCGUCACGGUCAAUUUGGACACGUACACAUACUUCAAAAAGAAUUAUUUUUUUUAUAAAUAUUUCCAAAAAUGCUACAAUUGCAACAUCGUUUUAAACCAAAACCUUUUCAGUAUAAAUCAGAACCGGAAAUACUCCUGGCUUAGUAUGACAGAGGCUUUAGCGGAGGCCAAGCAAUUUUGUCGCUUACCAAACACGACGGGUUCGGCCGUUGUUAUUUAUGGCCUACCCUUGUAG